AGAAGUUAUGCAUUCACAAUAUCCUUGGAUUCAAAGUCCCGUCCCGAUCUUGCCAACUGGAAGCACAAUCAUCAAGGAGAGAAAGAGCUGCAGAAAGCAAGUGCUGCAAUCUUCAGAGACUCUGUUUGUUCAAUCCUUUCAGAGAGAAGAGCUCCUUAUUCCUGGAAAGACAGGUUGUGUUCCCUUUCCCCUGGCUCUGGCUGUGUGGCUCAAGCAUUCUGAUCUCAGGACUGGCAAAAACAGCUGGCUCCCUGCAGAUGGAUUUCAUUGCAGGAGCCAUUGGAGGCGGAGUUAGUGCUGCAGUUGGUUAUCCUCUGGACACCAUAAAGGUGAGGAUUCAGACUCAGGCAGGUUACCGUGGAGUAUUGCACUGCAUCUUGGACACAUACAGAACCGAAAGCGUGCUAGGUUUCUACCGCGGUGUGUCAAUGACAGUUGUAAUGGCAUCAUUAAUUUCAUCUUUUUCAUUUGGCAUCUACAAAAACUUCCUUUAUAACAUCUGCAGAUUGCGAUAUGGUUCUGCAAAUAGCAAGCCAUCAAAGCUGGAUAUAUCUUUUGCUGGAGCUGCUACUGGUGCUAUUCGGAUUCUCCUGAUAGCACCUGCUGAAAUAGCCAAAGUAAGAUUACAGAUCCAAAAAGACCCGUUCCCCUCAACUGCAUCACCCCAUCUCCUUGCUACUAAGCCUAAGUACCAAGGUGCUGUGCAUUGCUUGAGGACAAUUGUGAAGGAAGAAGGUCUUCGGGGUCUAUACAGGGGAUCUUUGGCUUUACUAUACAGAGACUGCCAUUCGUCUGCAAUGUAUUUCCUUACUUAUUCUGUCCUGUGUGACUGGCUUACUCCAGCUGGCCAAGGCAAACCAGGUAUGUGGGCUGUCCUUCUUUCUGGAGGCUCUGCUGGAGUGCUGGCCUGGGGCGCAGCAACCCCAAUGGACGUCCUUAAAUCCAGGAUGCAAGCAGAUGGCGAGGGGCAACGUAAAUAUUCAGGACUAAUGCACUGUGCUCGGGAUAGUGUAAGGGAAGAAGGCCUGAGAGUGCUUUUCAAAGGCCUUGGACUUAACUCGCUCCGUGCCUUCCCUGCGAACAUGGUGGUUUUCUUUACUUAUGAAGCUGUCCUUCGGCUUGGAGAACGUUUCCGGAAAUAA